CGAGCACCUGCUAAGCGGACUGGGCAUGCGCUGUGGAUUGUAUCUAUUAGCAACACUUAGCAGCAGUUUUGUUCUCCACACUUAUUAAAAUUUGCUGAUGUUGUGAGAGAACAAAACCAAAAAUGGAGAUCGUUUACGUGUACACAAAGAAAAGGGCGGAGUUUGGUCGACAAUGCAACUUUACCGACCGCUCUGCAGAGUUGCAUGUAGACAUUGUGCCUGAUCCAAGUCUUGCGGAAAACUUUGUUGAGAGAAAUCCAGUAGACUCAGGCAUACAAUGUGUCCAGGAAAUGUCAGAACAUGAGGUCAACACAGAGAGGUUUGAGACAGGAUCUCGUGGCAUCAACCACACCGAGGGCGGCUGGCCAAAGGAUGUGAACCCACAAGAGGUGGAGCAGGUGACAAGGUACAGGAAGAAGGUGGAAAAGGAUGAGAUGUAUGUCAACACGAUUCAGCAACUCGGAACUGUGAUGGAACAUUGUAUCAAACAAAAUAAUGCAAUAGACAUUUAUGAAGAAUAUUUUGAUAGCGUACUAUUAGAUGAAGUAGAAGAGUCACCAUCAGCAAAAACCAUUAAUGUAUUUAGAGAUCCAAAUGAAAUGAAGCGCACAGCAACCCACAUCUCCUGGUUCCCUGAUGGCCCAAGGAAGCUGGCUGUUGCCUACUGUAACCUUGAGUUCCAGGGAUCCUCUCCAGACACCAGCAUGGACUCAUAUAUCUGGGAUGUUGAGAAUCCAAAUAAGCCUGAGAUGACCUUAAAGCCAGUAUCACCACUUGUGUGUGUUGAAUAUAACCCUAAAGACUCCCAUGUUCUGUUGGGAGGAUGUUACAAUGGACAGAUUGCAUACUGGGAUGUACGGAAAGGUUCCCAGCCAGUUGAAAUGUCACCAAUUGAGCACAGCCACAGAGACCCAGCUUACAAAGUGAUGUGGAUCCAGUCAAAGACUGGCACCGAGUGCUUCUCCUCCUCCUCAGAUGGUCAAGUGCUGUGGUGGGACAUCAGGAAGAUGGGAGAACCCACAGAAAAACUCAUACUCGACCCAACAAAAAAACAGGACAUGUCCAAGGCUCAAGGUGCUAUGUCCUUAGAAUAUGAAACUACAAUGCCCACAAAGUUCAUGGUUGGUUCUGAACAAGGAACAGUGAUAGCUUGCAACCGUAAGGCCAAAACUCCCGCAGAGAAGAUAGUAGCUGUGUACCCAGGUCACCUUGGUCCUGUGUACUCUCUCCAGAGAAACCCCUUCUUCCCGAAGAACUUCCUCAGUGUUGGAGACUGGAAGGCUAGAAUCUGGAGUGAGGACAUUAGAGAAUCUUCCAUCAUGUGGACCAAACAGUACCAGUCUUAUCUUACGGAUGGCUGCUGGAGUCCUAUUCGACCCUCGGUGUUCUUCAUCACCAAGAUGGAUGGUACACUGGACGUUUGGGAUAUCAUCUUCAAACAGAAUGACCCUACACUCAGUCUUCAGGUAUGUGAUGAGCCACUGCACAGUCUGCGUGUACAGGACCAGGGUCGCCUGGUGGCCUGCGGCUCCCACACAGGUACAACCACACUCCUAGAACUCUCCGACAGUCUCUACACCAUGCAGAGGAAUGAGAAAAAUCUGGUCACAGCAAUGUUUGAGAGAGAAACCAGAAGAGAAAAGAUCUUGGACACCCGACACAGAGAAAUGAAACUGAAAGAGAGAGCGAAGAGCUCUGCAGAUGGUGGAAAAGACAAGGAGGAGGAAGAAGAGCCAGCCCUGGAUGAGGAGGACCUGUACACAAAGGCUGAGUCGGAGUUCUGGUCCAUCAUCAACCAAGAGAAGAAGAACAUAGAGAAGAAGAAGGAUGCAGAGAUGGACAAGGCUGAUGCUGGAAAGCAAUCCCCAAUCCCAGAAGAUGAAGAGCAGGAGCAGGCAUAAAGCAGGAACAGGGGAGCCAUAUGACAUUACAGGAACUAGUUACAUACCAAUAUACACUGGCACUACUGCUCCAUGCGGCUUGCGGGGAUCCAUAAACACUUAACAGCCAAGCAUUCUUCAUUUUAAAGUGUGAUUUAAAUGCUUUGAAGUCAUUACCAAGUGCAAGCAACUCAUACAGAUUAUUUUGUUUUGUGAUUAAUCAUGCUUUGAAGAACAACUAUAUUAUUGUGUUACAUGUAUUUGAAAGGCCAGACAACACCAAAUUUUUGACAUUUAUUUGUUACAUUAGUAGUUUUAAUGUGCAUUUUAUUAUUGACUUCCUAAAGUGAUCUGUUCUGUUGAGAAUUAUCCACAGAGUAUUUUCUAACAUGACCAAAACUUAUGUCCAAAAUUGUAUCUUUCAUAAUUUAUUUUAUACUUGUGAUAUUAACAUCUGAUGUUACGUUUACAAAUGUUACAAGAGUAAAUACAAGAAAAGGAAAGAAGAAAA